GAGAUGUCUUGGAUGAGGACUGAGGAGAGUAGAAGAGACUGAGACUGAGACUGAGACUGAGAGGAGACGGGGAUGGUCAAUUGGGGAGAAUGAUGGGAGGUGGGAGUUGCCGGACUAGUCCACAAUACCUACACCAACAGUUACACUCUUACACGGUUACACCUCCCUUACACUUCAUGGGGCACGGGAGCUACCCUCUACUCCGUAUGUUCGAGUAUGUACAGCUCAUCCAACUAGGUAACCCCAUCAGCUCCCAGCCUCACCCGUCGUACUCGUGUUCAUCUGCAUGCCUCGAGCCCCCAACUCUUGUUCUGACCUCGCGGCUAACUCCCUCUUGUCCCAAUCCAGAGUCAGUCCGGGGUAAUACCACUCCUCCACAGCAUGGACUCGAAAUGUACGGAGUAACGCCUAUCAAAAGUCCACUAACGCUUGCAACUCCUACAAAGCCCUGCAACGCCAUGGAUGUCGUCGCGUGGAUGGAAAAAUUACAUGCCCUUGGCGACCGGGAGAACACUCCCGUUUUCCCACAAAUUAGCCCUCUCUAUUUGCGCCAUCGAACGGCCGUCCCUAUUCCAGAAAACAUGCCAACGACCAUCCGCUAGCAACUCACUUCAUCUCAUUCGACGGCUCGACCAAUUUGCCCCCGGACGCACCAUCGUGACGAUCCAGACGACCCCGGAUCUGGGGACUAGGCGGUUGCUCUAGGUUGCUAUGGAUGCUAUGGGAUGCUCUUGGGACAAUGCAUCUUUCCAAUUCACGGGGGGGAAGACGCGGGACGGGCAUGGAGCUUGGACCGCCGUAUUUCAUCUAUAUACAGCACUACCGCUCAUGGAUAAUUAUCUUUUGAUCCAGCGCAUGCUCUUCUGUCCUCCCAGCGGCCUGCUCCAUUGAGUCGUCAAGGUAUCGUACAUACCAACAAGGUGAGAAGCAAAA